AUGGGCCAGUAUGAAAGCAUUACCGAAGGUGAGAAACAAACAUUUCUGGACAUCUGGGGGACGAUCAGUCAGGACCUGGCCGGUUAUGGAAAUGCCCUUUUCAAUGUCAUCUUUACGGACUUCCCGUUGAUGGCCAACUACUUUCCGUUUAGUGGACCCAAUGAUGAUCAAUUCGAAGGGCACGCGCAAGCUUUCAUGCGAGAGAUGAAUAAGUGGGCGAGAAAUCUGCGUGAUAAGGCCGCGCUGAAGAGGGACAUUACAAAAUUGGGUAAUUCACAUGCGAGGUUAAACAUUCGACCGGAAGAAUUCGAGAACUUGCAGCAGUGUUUGUUGCGGUCAGUGAGAACAAAGAUGGGCACACAUCGCUUCGGGGAGCAGCAACAGGAAGCGUUUCAUAAAAUUUCCGGGCUUGCAUUCCGGCAAAUCGUAAGCUCAUCAAAUCGUACACGUGCUGCUGACACUCAUACGGUUCAUACGGGUCAAACGGGUCAGACGGGUCAAACGGGUAAUACAAGAACUAGUAAAUCUAAGAAGUAA